UCCAUGCCCUGGAUCUGCAGAACUCUCCAAGUUCCUCCUCAUCCCAACGACCUAAACCACUGUUGACUUCAGAAAAAUGAGCGCUCAACGAGUCAGCAGCAAUGGCGCCCACAUACAACAUUGCCAUGGUGAGCGACUUCUUCUUCCCGCAACCGGGUGGUGUUGAGAGUCACAUCUACCAGCUCUCGUCCAAGCUGCGGGACCGGGGCCACAAGGUCAUUGUCAUCACACACGCUUACAAAGGCCGCACUGGUGUGCGGUACCUCACGAAUGGCCUCAAAGUCUACCACGUUCCCUUUUUCGUGCUGUACCGGUCGGCUAGCUUUCCCACGGUCUUCUCAUUCUUCCCUAUCUUCCGCAACAUUGUCCUGCGCGAGCGCAUCGACAUUGUGCAUGGCCAUGCCAGUUUGAGCAGCUUAUGCCAUGAGGCCAUCCUUCACGCCAGGACCAUGGGUCUGAGGACCGUCUACACGGAUCACUCUCUUUUUGGCUUUGCGGAUGCUGCAAGCAUAUUUGCCAACAAAAUCCUGAAAUUCAGUCUCAGCGAUGUGGAUCACGUCAUCUGCGUGAGCCACACAUGUAAAGAAAACACCGUAUUACGCGCGUCUCUGGACCCGCUGAUGGUCUCAGUAAUACCCAACGCCGUCGUCGCAGAGAACUUCAAACCCCUGGACUAUGCGGCCGAAGUUUCAUCCGGCUCGUUCCGCGGCCAUCCGCCGCCUGCCCGACCCCUAGGGCCCCACGACAUGAUCACCAUCGUGGUGAUCUCACGCCUAUUCUACAACAAGGGUACCGACCUCCUAACCGCUGCAAUUCCCCGCAUCCUCGAGAACCACCCGCAGACACGCUUUAUCAUCGCCGGGGACGGCCCCAAAGCUAUCGACCUGGAGCAAAUGAUCGAGCAGAACGUGCUGCAGGACCGCGUCGAGAUGCUCGGCCCCAUCCGCCACGAAGAGGUCCGCGAUGUCAUGGUCCGCGGGCACAUCUAUCUGCACCCGUCGCUCACCGAGGCCUUCGGCACGGUGAUCGUAGAGGCCGCCAGCUGCGGGCUGUACGUGGUGUGCACCCAGGUCGGCGGCAUCCCCGAGGUCCUGCCGUCGCACAUGACGGUCUUCGCCAAGCCCGAGGAAGACGACCUGGUAGCGGCAACCGGGAAAGCCAUCGCGGCCCUGCGCGCGAACAAAGUGCGCACGGAACUGUUCCAUGAGCAGGUCAAGAGCAUGUACUCGUGGACGAACGUCGCGAUGCGCACCGAAAGGGUGUAUAACGGCAUCUCGGGCGCCAUUAGCGAGGCGGAGUUCUAUGGGUACGAUGCGGCUAAUGGGGCGGGGAGCUGGAGCGCUAGGAGAGGGCGGUCCGGAGUGCAGAGCUUCGCGCUGAUCGACCGCCUGAAGCGAUAUUAUGGCUGUGGCAUCUGGGCUGGUAAGCUGUUUUGUAUGUGUGUGAUCGUGGACUACUUGAUCUUCUUGGCGCUGGAGCUGUUAUUCCCGAGGGAGAAGAUUGAUAUCUGCCCGGACUGGCCAAGGAAGGAACGCAAGGUGGAUGGGAGGGAUGCCGGGUGAAAGCCGGCUUUUGGGGAGGUGACAGUGAAAGGCAGGCAUCGGAUUCCUAGAGUGGGCAUGAGGCUUUCCUAAUAUUGGCUAGGUUAAAAGGGCAUGUUUGCAGUAGGAGUAUGUUAGAUACCCAAAGUCUUGUUUGUGAUGCAAGGAAGAGGCGGCGAUAGUGGACUUGGCGACUUUUGGGAGGAUAUGAAUGAAUAUUACGGCGACAUUAAUCAGGGGGGGUAGCAAGUCAUCGCAGCUGCAAUGCUGCCUUUGGACGGCAGGUUUGUCAUCCAAGAAGAUAGGUAAUGUUGUAGAUAUCUUAGCUACCCUCGGGUUCGGGACAUAUCAUAUGACUCAAGGCUACCUGAGAUAGAUAAUGCCUCUCAGAGACUACCUGGCAGGGGAUGUCCAAGAAUACACACUUGUUAUAGUUGACAGCGAGA